UCACUGGGGCUGAAAGCAACUGUUUAACCCUGCGUGCUAUAAUUGUAGCUGGAUAAUCAGUCACCAUCACCGGUUUCCUCUUUGUGAAGUGAGUCGCAACAACAGCAGGAAGCCUGAGGGAUCUUAUAUUCCCCAUUUUUACCUCACAGUUGCUGCUCUGUCCACACACGGAGGAUACCAGAGCCCAUAAUGUUCAAUCCGCACAUCCACCAGCAGCAGCACCAGCAGCAGCAGCAGCAGCAACAGUUUCAACAGCACCUGCGGCAGCUACAGCAACUUUUCCAGCAGCAGCCUCCUCCUCCGCCGCCGCAGCCUCCUCCGGGGCACCAUGUUCCCCAUCACCACCACCAGACAUCGCGAGCAAUUGGUGUGCCUCCCCAGACAGCUGCUCCUCCCAGGAUGGUCAACCUGUGCCAGGCGACCCAGACUACCAUCAUCGCCCCCAACCCCAUGCUGCAGGGGGCCUUACUAAUGCAGCAGAUGCAGGGUAACAUGCGGGGCUAUGCGAUGGGUGGACAGCAAUACCGUCAGUUCUUCACAGCUGGCACCAGGUCAUCUCUGCUCGGUCCAGUUCCCAUGGGCAUAGCUCUCAAGUCCCCCAUCAUGGGUUUCCCAUCUGCUCGACCCUUCCACCCACACAAUCGCUACUACAGCAACAACACCAACACCAACCCAGCCACUUCCUCGUCCUCCUCGUCUUCUACCACCUCAACCACAGAGGCUGCAGCUCGCCAGCCAGAAAGGAAGAGAGACAGCCAACAGAUGGCAGGAGCGAGCAGCGAUGACCAACCAGCAGCUAGCAGCUCCAGUGAGACAGGAGAUCAGAUUGAAACAGAUGGUGCUGUGGGAGAAGAGGAUGGAGCCACACAGCCCUCUGAAGAGCAACUUGAAGAGCCUGCAGUGAAGAAACAGAAGACAGACGAGUCAGAGGAGCCUAAAGAACAGUGCGAGGUUGAGACUUUCACUAUAGCAGACACAGACGGGGAGGCUCCUUCUUCAGAGUGUAACAGCAACAUGGAAGACAGCCGUCCUGAGGGUAAAAUUAACCUAACAUAUAUAUAUAUCAUCAAUAUGGAGAGCAGGUGGUUUCAGUUGAGAUGGAUACAUAUUGGUUGUUUCUCUGACUUUUUCCCAGACUGCAUGAUUUUGGAGGAUGGAGGUUCCAUAGCUGGAUCAGAUGCAGAUGAUGAUUUGCUGCUGGAGGACAAUACUGCUGCCGAGGCACACAGCUGUGCAUCUGGCCCGUCAACAUCUGGCAGGCUGAGUGAAGACAACCAGCAGGUUAAUUUACCCCCGGAUGAGACGCCACAGAGCAAAGAUGCUCCUUUAGCUUCACCAGACCACCAGGAAGAAGAAGAAGAGGAGGGUGAGGCGGAUGGCGCCAACAAGUUUUACUGCUACCUCUGCAGCAUCACCUGCCACAACCAGCAAAAUUUCAGGAGUCAUAUGAACAGCGUUUCGCACCAGCAGAGGAUGAUGGAGAUCCAGCACAUGAGCAACGCCUGCCUGGUCACACUGCUGCCUCGAGUGCAGGAGACUCUGCAGGGAGCAAGCAAAGAGGGGGAGAAAAAAUCUGAUUUGCAGCGUUGGUGUGCCACUUGUCACACCCACUUCACCAGUAGCCUCACGGACCACCGUCGCACCAAGGAGCACAAACUCGCCAGUCGAACUGCCAUCUCCUCCUGCACAGUCUGCAAGAAACACUUCAGGACUUCCCAGAUUUUUGUGGAGCACUUGCAGUCCCAGGAGCACCGGCAGAAGAUGGAGAAGCUUCAGGAAACUGAGGGCUCUGAGGCUUUGGCCAAGCUGACCUCAAUGGAUACAGACGGCUUUUCACUGGAAGAGGAGGAGGGCAGCGAGGUGGAAGAGAUAGAGGAUAGACAGAGGAGCGAAGGGGACCAGGACUCCACUGACAAACAGGAUGGCUGGACCUCCUCUCAAGAAGUGACCCUAAAGGACAUGACCAGUGAUGAGCAGUAUGACCCUGACAAAGUCUACGGGUCUAGUUUCUUUGUUCCAGUAGCAGGUUUUAUCUGCAGACUCUGCAACAAAUUCUACCACUUUGAAUCAUCUGCCCUGCACACCCACUGCAAAUCCCUGAAGCACUUUGAGAACCUCAAGACUCAUAGAGAAUUGCUCUGUCAAAAGGGUGAAGCUGUUGAAUCUUCCACAGAAUCUCUCUUAGCUGAGGACAGCAUCAGGCCAGUACCAGAAACCACCACAGACUGUUUGGAUGAAAAUUCCCUCUGCGAUGACACAGAUAUAGGGAUGGAAGUAAACUCACUGCAGCCUACCAUUACACUCACCCGACUGAGGGUCCAGGAAGAAAACCAGCAAAAGGAGAACCAAGCUGAACCAGAACCAACCUCACAGGAUUGCAUCACCACCUCAGCGACCAGCAGUGACAGCACAGACCAAGAACUAAACCUCCAAAGCGAAGAGCAAGAGCCCACAUCCCAGGCCUCUGUAGUUCAGGAGAGUCCAGCUGAGUUGCCCUCUGACAGCAUCGAAAAGGUGCCAGAAUUGGAGCCAGACUCAGAGCCAGUCUCAGAGCCAGUCUCAGAGCCAGUCUCAGAGCCAGUCUCAGAGCCAGUCUCAGAGCCAGUGGCAGCUGCUAAUGAAGAGGAGAAGGAGAAGGAGAAGGAGAAGGAGAAGGAGAAGGAGAAGGAGAAGGAGAAGGAAGCUCCUGCUGCACCAGAGAAAAACAGCAGCACAGGGAAGGCGAAAACCAUGCCCAAACGCAGGUCAGGAAGAUCUGCAAACAGACGUUGAGUCAAAGAUGUGGAAAGAAAGGAAACCUGGUAUAACUCCCUUGAGACAUCACAUGUCAGUAUACAAAGAGGUGCUUCAUGGACCAAGAAGUGAACAGCCAUGUUGGAAAGUUUGAAUUAAACACACACCCACAAAUAGGAAGACUGAUGAUAAUGAUAAAACACGGUGGAACAGUUGCUCUCCCAGGGUGGGAAUAACAUGAUCUGACAUAAAAUACAAGUUCCAGUCUCCAAGGGUUGGUAAGCCUUUUAAUUUUGGCUCCCAGUUAGAACAUCAUGUUCUUUAGGAGGCCUAUCAUGUGGCCAAAAGUCGUACUUUCAGAUUACACAAAUCAAAAAGACAUGCAAUUAAGCAUGUCUGGUCACACCAGCCUGUUCCUUUAAGUGUUCAUACAUUGAUUGAUUUUUUUUAACUCCUCUUAUAUUGCAUUAAUUAAAACAAACCUCUUUUUAGAUAGAGAUGUUCAGUAAAUUGAGGACCUGCUAGAAAAUAUGUUACAUAUAUUGAAAAUCAUAGAAACUACACAUUUUAUGAAAACAACAUUUUAAAGAUGUAGUAUGAGAUUAAACAUUCAUAUUCACACAAGUUCUCUAAACACUGGAAAGAAGAAUGAAAUGUGGAGAGUGAGAAUGUGUUUUUAGGGCACAAAUUAGCUGGAUAAUCUAAACUGGCUCAUCAAAAAGUUUAUUUUCCACCCUGCUGUCCUCAAGGAUCAGGAUUUAGAUGGGGGCUUAUCGUCGUCUUUUUUUUUUUUUUUUUUUUCCGUUUUUUUGCAGAUUCUCUGGCUUAGCUAGAUGAAUGAUUGUUAACGUAAUAUAACCUGCAAGUGUAGAAGACUAUACUGAUAGUAAAGUGGAGACAUUUUCCACAUUUGCUAACCACGUAGCACACGCUUUUAGCGAGUUGAAAUAUAGAAUGUAACUAAAUUAAGUGUUUGAGCAAGUGACUACUUCUUUUUAAAGUGUUAUCACGAGCAAAAUGGUACUUUUGGCUUGAGAACCUGAAUCUGAUCAUAGCUUUGCUGAUGAAGAAGAGAUUGUUCAGGGCAUUUUUUUUUCUUCAUCUAUUUUUAUUUCUAUAAAUUUUGAGUUUAUGAUGAUGUUGUGUGGGGCAAAAGAGUUGUCAGUAGCAGUGGCCUUCUUGCUGAAACAGUACUGUUCAUAUUAUUACAGACCUGCUGUCGGUGGCCAGGAAAGUCUUUUUUUUUUGUGUAGUGAAAAUACAAAAUCUCAGCAUAAGGUGUAGGGCCUGAUUGUGUUAGUGGACUCCUUUGUCAACAAAGUAUCUACACAAAAAAAAACCUUUUUACAUCUGCUCUCAGUCAUAUGGAAAGAGUGCUCCUGUAUUCUUAAACUAUUAAAUAGCUCUCAGUGGAACAAGAGCAGCAGACAGCUUCAUCAACAUGCCAAGAAAAGGAAAGUUUUUUCUGAAUCUAAAUGAUUAGAGUCCUGAAGUCUUGAAGCUCCUUUUAACAUAUUAAGCCUUGUCAUGUAAAACAGGUAUGUGCUGCGUGAAGUACUAAGUUGAUUUUCCCUUCACUGGAUGUCAAAAUUGAGAAUAAAUUCACUUCACAUGGUUCAUGUUGCCACUUCAAUCACAUUCCCGUAGACAUUUGUCAAGUGUGCCUGCAUUUAGAAAACAUAAUAGUAGCUUUUGUAUAUCCGUGAGCAUUCUUCGAGCAUUCGCAUUAUAAAAUAUUGUUAGUUGGCUUAUUUUCCUUUCAUUUACCAUUGCAUUGAUUAAUUUCCCCCCUCAAUAAGAUGUUUAGUUGCUAUACACUGGAUGGAUGGAUGGAACCACAGAUGAGUUAAUGGUCCCAAUAUUUCGUGUUAGGAGGAACCCUAACGUGCUUACAGGUAUUUAAAGUUGCAAAGUCUCUUUGUGAAGCUUCAACCUGUAACAUACAGUGAAUUGCCCCGUUAUAGAUUAUAUGUAUGUAACGUUUAAUUCUGGUUCCAGCAUUUCAGCCUCCACAACGCGUAAAUAAGGAUGUAUUACUUCCUUUUUCAUGACUCGUGUAUUGUUCUGGAAACAUUUCACCCUCCAUUAUAGAGAACGAUAUUUGAAACCACAGAAGACCGGUUUACACAUGAAGCAAAAACCUGUAGUCACCAUGUCAAC